AAUAAAAAUCGGCGACGAACCAAACGCCGAAGCGAUCGACCCACGCCCGUCUCCUCCCCUCCGCUCCCACCCAUCCCCAUCUCCAGACCGAAACCAGUGAAACGGCGCAAGCUCUUGCUCCGAUUCUCCUCUCCUCGGUCUCCUCGCCGGAAGUAGAGCGGCGGCGUCGGCGGCGGGGGAGGCCAUGUGGCCCGGCUGCGGCGGGCGGUUCUACUGGGCGCCCGACUCGGCGCCGCCGGGGGAGGCGAGGGGCGUCGCGGUGGUGUUCGCGUGGGUGUGGAGCGACGAGGCGCAGUUGCGGCCGUUCGUAGAGCUCUACGCCUCGCUCGGAUGGCGCUGCCUCGUCUGCCACCCCGACCUCGUCGCGCUGUAUCUCUCUGAAAAAGCAACCUCACUGGCAUCUGGUGUUAUAUGUGAACUGGUGAAGGAACUGAAAAUAAAACCUGUGCCAACUGUUCUUGCUUCUUUUUCUGGUGGCUCAAAGGGAUGCAUGUACAAGGUUAUUCAGUUACUGGAUGGAAAGUGCGAAGGGCAUGCAACCAUGAAGGACUAUCAGUUAGUGAGAAACUGUAUCUGUGGGCAAAUCUAUGACUCUGGUCCAGUAGAUUUUGUCAGUGAUGUGGGCACCCAGUUUCUCCAGAAGCCUGCGGUUGGCAAUUCAUAUCAACCAUCGAUAUUACGAUCAUGGAUGGCAAAGGCCCUGGCAUCUGGCAUGGAUACUCUCUUCCCAAGCAGAAUUGAAGCUCAGCGUGCAGAGUACUGGCACACACUAUACUCAUCAGCGAGAUUGGGUCCUGUUCUUAUACUUUGUUCAGAAGAUGAUGAUCUUGCUCCGUGCCAUGUUGUCUGUGGGUUUGCCAGGCGUCUGAUUGAACUAGGCACUUAUGUUAAGCUUGUUAAAUGGAGUGAUUCCCCACAUGUCGGCCAUUACAAGUCACAUGAAGGUGAAUACAGGGCUGCUGUAAAUGAUAUACUGGAGAAAGCUGUUGUUACGUUCUGCCACAGAAGCCAGCUGAAUGAUACAAGUGCAACAGGGGAUCAGGAGUACAAGAUAGCGCAUUCAGUGUGCAGUCUACACAACGUGGCUGCCAAUUCAAAUGAGAGCCUAAGAAGGGUAGGUAACAGUCCCAGUGACCACUUCUUCCUGCCAAGUUCGAAGGAUCAUAAUGGAUCAAAGGAACCAGAUUCUCUGAUUGAGGAGCAGAGGCGGCACGUAUCCCAUCCACCCUAUAUGGAGCCUCAAGGAGUCCUUGGCCAAAUUCUGUUCGAUGUUUGUGUUCCGAAGAAUGUUGAAGGAUGGGACAUCAAGCCGACAGUGUCCCCAAAUGGUCGGUCAACACUGACUUCUACCUGGCAACUUGGUCCAUUCAAUCCCAUCAAGUACUUCCGACGUUCAAGACUAUAGUUUGUUGCAGGCAUUGAGAAUUUUGUGUACAUAUCGGAGGCAAGGCAUCUAAUGGCAACUCUGAGCAAGGUUUCGCCUAUGUAGUUACCUUAAAAAAAUUGACUUUGGCACUAUCUGCUAUUUCUAUUUUGCUUUUGCAGAUUGGCGAGAGAAUGUACAUAUGCUGUGUAGAUCAUAUGAGUGUAUAUUAGAAAGAGGGUCAUGGACGUAGGUUCUAGGUGGGUUGUAAGGUGCAUGUUAACAGUAAAUAGGGAAGGAAAUAUGAAUUAUUAUGCCCCUGUAAUUUCUUCUCUUUGUCUCAUGUCGGCAAUUCUAAUUAUCCAGAAAACUGUUUUCUCU